AUGCCUCCGUGGGGGAGAAUCUGGUCAUCUUCUCCCUUCCUCUGGAGCUCACAUUCAACCUACUUUUGCCAAACCUUCUUGAAAUCCAAUGGUCCCUCACUUAUCAAAAUCGGCCAGAAUCAUGAAACUGAAAAUGUGUUUUCUGGGAACCACGAAUUUCAGUUCCUGGAGUGGCCGACUCUUAUCUCCACUCGCCGCCUAUGCUCUGUUGAAGCUGAUAAAAGAUUGUGUUCUCCGCACAAGGUCGGUGAUUCUCAGGUACUGAAUUUUCCUGGGGGAAUAGUUAAAUUUACCCCAGAACUGAACUUCCUGGCGGGGUCCCGAGAGGAAAGGGUUCAUUGCUAUCGAGUUCUUGAUGACAAUGUUGGAAAGUAUUCUUCUAAUCAUAAGCUGCAUCAUCAGAUAGACAAGGACAUUGCUGUGAAGAUGUAUAGAGACAUGGUUAGACUUCAAACUAUGGACACCGUUUUCUAUGAAAGCCAGAGACAAGGAAGAAUAUCAUUCUAUGUCACUGCAAUUGGAGAAGAAGCCAUUAACAUUGCAUCCGCUGCUGCACUCAGCAUGGAUGACGUAGUCUUUCCUCAGUAUAGGGAGGCUGGAGUUUUGCUUUGGAGGGGAUUUACUCUACAAGACUUUGCAAACCAGUGUUUUGGGAACAAAGGCGACAAUGGUAAAGGAAGACAGAUGCCUGCCCAUUACGGAUCCAACAAGCUUAACUACAUCACAAUUGCUUCAACGGUUGGUACCCAAAUUCCACAUGCUGUUGGUGCUGCUUAUUCACUAAAGAUGGACGGGAAAGAUGCUUGUACAAUUACUUAUUUUGGAGAUGGGGGCACCAGCACGGGAGAUUUCCAUGCCGGAUUAAAUUUUGCUGCUGUUAUGGAGGUGCCCGUUAUAUUCUUUUGCCGAAACAAUGGAUGGGCCAUCAGCACCCCAGUUAGUGAUCAGUUUAGAAGUGAUGGUAUUGUCGUUAGAGGCCAAGGUUAUGGUAUUCGCAGUAUCCGUAUUGAUGGUAAUGAUGCCCUUGCUGUGUUCAAUGCAGUUCGUGCAGCACGCAAGAUGGCAAUUCAUGAAUCUAGACCUAUUCUAAUUGAGGCCCUCACAUACAGAGCAGGGCACCACUCAACAUCAGAUGACUCUUCUAAAUACCGUCCAAUUGAAGAAAUUGAAUGGUGGAAAGUGGCUCAGGAUCCUGUGGUGCGUUUUAGGAAAUGGCUUCAAGAACAAGGCUUGUGGAAUAGUCAGUUGGAGAAUGAACUCCGGGACUACGCUCGUCAGGAGGUAGUGAUAACUUGCUUUGUGAGCUAUAUUAAUGGCUUCUCGCACCUCGAAUUAUUAAGCAAAGAUUUCUCUUUCAUGCUUGGUAGUAGAGAUAAUUACAAAACCAUCGCUUGGAUGUGGAGAAUUACAAAAGAAGCAGAAAAGGUUUUGCAUGCAAUUCAAGAUGCAGAGAUGGCUGAUAAGCCCAAUAUAAAAGAGAUUUUCACAGAUGUAUAUGACGCCCCACCUUCCAAUCUUCGUGAACAAGAGAAAUCUCUUAGGGAAACGGUUGAAAGGCAUCCACAGGAUUAUCCCCAUCUUCGGUUUUAGUCAAGUUUCGACUUAUGUCAUGAUUCAUACAAAACUUGCUGCCUUUAUAGGAGAAAGAAUGUGAUCCGGUGCAGGCACCACCCCAUGCCCUGCAGUAUUCUCCUCAACUACAUUGGCUGCAUUUGAAUCACUUUAUAUGAACUUUGAAUGUUGUGCAACUUAUAAAGUUGUACUUAUUUCGAAUAAAAAAUUAUGUGAUUAUUUCUCCUUAACCUAUUAGGGGUCGUUUACUUUGCAGGAUGGGAUAAGACAAAUUUAUCAAGGGUACUUUACAGCUCAGCAAUCAGUCCCUUGUUUACUUUUCUGGUUGGAAUUUACAUAAAUGAAUCCCAUCUUUACUUCAACGGAUUAAUUGGCAUGUUACAGAAUCCAAAGACUAAAUUACCCUUAUG